AUGGAUCGGUUUGACGAUAUAUCAGAAGGUGAAGUGGACCAUUCUUUCUUUGACAGUGACUUCGAAGAAGCAAAGAAAGGUGACAGCAGCUCAGUUUUUGACAAGCAGGAUGAUGACGCUGAAGAGAGAAUAGACAAAGAUACGGAAAAUGUAAACUUGAAACUUGGACUACAAAGAAAGGAAGAUGAUCUUACUGAGAAGGGAACGGAGAGCAAUGGGAAAACUCCUCCAGAGGAUCACCCUAUAGAAGAUGAUAAUUCCUCGUCCUCGACCACUUCUUCAAGAUCAAAAUUGUGUGAUGCUAGAGUGGAACAUAAAAUACGCUUGCCCACUCCAAAUAGCCUUCCCCCAACUGUAAAAGACGGUGAGCACGACUACUAUACAGAUGGAGAGGAGAGCACUGAUGAUGAGAAAAAGCAUCAUGUCAGGUCGAAGUCAGCUAAGCUGCCGAAUAACUUCAAGAAAAGCCUAAGUAAAAAGUAUUCCAGAAGCAGUUCCUCUUCCUCUUUGUCCUCCUCUUCAAGUUCUGAUACAGGCUGUUCAGAUAACGGAUCUGAUGUCGGCCUGUCUGAUUCAUCUCCAUCACUGAAGAAGUGUCUCCCUGGCGCCACCCACUUGUCACCCAAACUGAAAUAUAAACCAGGAGAAAAAUCACCAGGAGCCCACACUUCAGGUACAAAACCCAAGGUUGGUGAUGACACCGAAGAAUCGGAAGACACUGUGACGGAUGUCACUCCUUUAUCGACCCCGGACAUCAGCCCGGUUCAGUCUUUCGAACUGGGUGCCUCAAGCGACCGAAAAAUGAAAGUUAAAAGGCAAGAAAAUGUGAGGCAAGAAGUAUAUGAAAAUGUUGAAGAUUCGAAAAAUAACUCGAAAUCUUUGAAAUCAGCCAAAAAAGGGAAGGAAAAACAUGAACCCAGUCUCACCUCAAAGUCAAUGCCGUUGGAUUCCACUUUAGACCACAGAUAUAAACAAAAAGUCUUACAUGACACAAUGGACCUGAGUCAUCUCUUAAAAGCCUUUCUGCACUUAGAUAAAAAGAGACCACAAAAACAUCACUUUGAUCAGCCUUCAGUAGCACCUAGGAAAAACUACUCUUUCACAAGAGAGGAAGUGAGGCAGAUUGAUCGAGAAAAUCAGAGGCUUUUGAAAGAACUGUCGAGACAGGCUGAGAAACCAGGAAGCAAGAGUAUGAUUCCAAGAUCGACUGGUCCUCCCCCUAAGUUGUAUCAUAGUGCUCUCAACAGACAGAGGGAACAACAAAGGAUUGAAAGAGAAAAUUUGGCUUUUUUGAAAAGGCUUGAAGCUGUGAAGCCAACAGUUGGCAUGAAACGCUCAGAGCAGCUGAUGGACUAUCACCGCAACAUGGGUUAUCUCAGCUCAUCCCCAGUCUCCAGACGAGUGAGGUCCACCCUCAGCCAGUACAGCUCACUAAAAGGAGCUUCCAGGACGUCCAGUGCUACCAGUGGCCUCAGCUGUAAGAGUGAGCGAUCUGCUUUUGACACAACUGGUGGUGGCCUGUUGCUAAGACCUAAGCCCCCGAAUGUCCGUACAGCUUGGUUAUAA